AUGGAAUCAGAUGAACCUUUAAUGAAUAAUGACGUGUUUAAUGUUAAUGACAUCGCUGAGAUUGAAGAUUUUCUUAGCGGUUGUGAUGGAGAUUUUAUGGUAAAACUCGAAGAGGAGUUGGCGCUAAUAGAUCAUGACAUUCAAUUAAUAGACGCCGAUACAAAAUCAGUCUCCAAUACACCUCCAAAGGCUUCUUCCUACAAUACUAGCACUGGCAAUCCUCUGGUAUCCCAAUACUCUCAAAACAGAACAUCGUUACCACAAACACCACAGCCUAAAAGUAGCCCAGUGCUAGGUGUCUAUGGUAGAGAAGAAUCAUACAAUUUGGUAAACAAACCCGAUAGUACAGUCUUACCUGAUACGCCACAAUGUGCGCCAACCCAAGCCCCACAGCAAACCCCUAUGAUUGUUCAACAAGUUGUGCCAAGUCCACUUUAUGUUAACAUGUCACAUGGAAGCUUACAACAACUUCCUGAUGGAAGAAGUCUUGUACAACUUGAUGGGGUUCAGAAAGUUAAUCAAUCCAGCAAGCCACAAACAACACAACCUAUAUUACUUCCGAAUAAUACUAAGGGUGUUACACCAGUGAUUAUUAAAAGCAAUGAUUCUAAUUUUUCACCAGUACUCUUACAGUCCAAUAUUAUUAAUCCCGAAACUCAAACUCUAAUGUAUACCAGUGCACCAAUUCAAGCUUCUACACCAAGUAUAAUGACAAAUACACAAGCUAGUAAUGAAAACAGGCCACUUCAAACUUUUUUCACAAACAGUGGGCAUACAAUACUCACAACGGGCAUUAUUUUAGAGGGAGAUAAGUUUGCCAUCAAUCAUGCAUCUAACACAGGUCCGCCUAAGGUCAAAGAAGUGAAAAGAAGUGCUCAUAAUGCCAUUGAGAGAAGAUACAGAACAAGUAUCAAUGAUAGGAUUAUAGAGCUCAAGAAUAUGCUGGUGGGGGAAGAGGCUAAAUUGAAUAAAUCUGCAAUUUUAAGAAAGACAAUAGAUUACAUCAAGUAUUUACAAAAUCAAAAUGCCAGAUUAAAACAAGAGAAUGUUGCAUUAAAACUCGCUUGCCAGAAGUCUGGUGUGAAGGAUGUGUUUGAAGGAUCGUAUACACCGCCACAUAGCGACGUUUCUUCUCCAUAUAACUCACCCCAUGCUUUUGAUAGUGAUAAUCCAUCAUCGCCAGAAUUUAAGGAAGAAAAAUACUCCAAAGUGGUCAUGGGAAUGGGAGACCAUUCGCGCUUGGCCCUGUGUGCCUUCAUGGUCGGAUUGAUAGCAUUCAAUCCAUUCAGUGCCUUCUUCGGAAGUUAUAUGUCUGACACACAGUUCACGGACUAUAAUUCACGCUUAGAUCAGAGAAGAAUAUUAUCUGAUCCAGAUGAUGACUCAAAUACUAAAUGGGGAAUGUGGUUGUUUAACAUAUUUUUAAUAUAUUUAGUAAACUUCGUCAUUUUGGGGGGGUGCUAUGUGAAGCUUUUGGUAUAUGGAGAUUCAGUUCCUGAAAAGCAAUCGAAGGAAGCAUCUCUGUUUUAUGAACACAAAAGUCAAGCUGAUAACUAUUUGAAAAAGGGUGAUCUGAACAACGCACGUGUCGAACUGCACCGUUGUCUAGCGGCGUGCAACAAGAGCGUCCAAUCGGCAGAGCAAGGUCGAGCCAAGUGGUCUGCGAUUGCUGCGACUCUGCUCCGACAAUUGAUGCAGAGGUUACCACUUGGCGGAUUCUUGGCGAGACGGGCGGGCGAUCUUUUUAGUGAUAGUCCAGCCCGUAGAGCAGCCAAGCAUUGGGCGGCAGAAGUAUCGAAUGUCUCUCACAAACUGGCCCAGUUAGAGUUGCUCUUGAAUCAGAGCGGACGAAGUGAAAGAUUCGUGCUUGCGCUGCAGGCGGUUAACUUGGCGGAGGUGGCUGGUGAUCAGCAACUCCUGGCUGAUACUUACAUUACCGCUGCUUUGGUUUUCAAAGACUACAUGCCUAGGAUUGGAAAGGGGUUGUGCAGGUCUUACCUUCGAGCGUGCAGCGCGUGUACAACUUGGAGAGACACCACAGAGUGGCCCUUGAGGGUCCGUUGGUCAGCUAGUGAGCGCGGGCAGAUUUUCCUGCGCACGCGCACCUGGACGUACGAAUUGGCGCCCCCAUCUGCUGCUCUCUUCUCUCGCAUUCCUUGCCCGCAGGAUCCACUUGCUUAUGCUAUGAGGACUUACCACCUGGAAUUGCUGCAAAAGAGUCUGCAGGUGCUGCUUUGUGCUGACGAGAGAAGCAACACUCGCGACGUACUGGACCUCGUAAAACUUAUCACAGAUGACGUAUCAACGGAUGCUCCACAUCACUCAGGUUGUUGGGAUCCAGUCAUGGAGUGGUGGGCUAAUAUAGUUGGUGUGGCGGCAACUUGGCUAUUGGCUGACGUAAAUAAGGCAGCUGAUAUUGGCGAUCGACUCAAUAUGCUUCCUGAGCCUCUAGCGAAUUGCGAAGAUCCGCUACCAGGGGCACUGCACAUGGCGUACAAAAGCCGGCGCGGAUUGCUUAGUUUGGCACAGUGUCGAGAUGAACGCACCAUCAAGAAGACGUCUGAAACUAUUCUUAAGGUUUGCGAUAUCGCCGGAGCCCGACUAGCUGAUUCCUUAGCGUAUUAUUGCUGUAAGAAACCAACCCAGCUCAUGAUGUUAAUGCAAGUGCUGUGCUGUGACUGGAUGCUGGAGGUUCGGGCAGGCGUGUGGGAGGCCAAUGCAGGUAUUAAUUCGGGGCCCGCGCCAUCGGAACAGCUGAAGGCCUUCCAGCGAGACCUGCAUUCCCUUAGACGCCUUUCACAAACACUUCCGUGGGUGACGUCACGAGUGUUUCUACAAUCCGCCGUAUGUCGCAUGAUGGCGGGCGCGGCACCGCGGCGCACGCAACAACUACUUGACGGAAGUCUCAGACCACGUCUCAAUAGAUCGUCCAUGAUUUGUGGAAAAGAGCGAGCGCUAGAGAGCGGUGGAGGCGAAGGGGAGAGAGCUGUCGCGUUGUACAUGGCGUGUAAACACCUACCAGCCGCCGUUUUAGCAGCACCGGGUGAAAGAGCUGGUAUGUUAGCUCAGGCUGCUGCAACUCUGCAGAAGAUCGGACAUCGUAGCCGUCUCCCGCAUUGCUACCACCUCAUGAAGUCCGUUGGGACCCUGCCCUCAGCACCUUAG